GUCGACCGGGAAAAACGACCAGAAGUGGAGGACUUUUCCCCCCCUCCGGCGCUCGCUCCUCCUGCAGCAACGUCCUGAAAAAUAGAAGAGCUCCACCUACAACUAUGCUCGUCCUGUGCGCCGCCGGCCUCGUCGCGUUUUCGGUCACGACGACCUUAAAGACCCUUGGUUCAGCGACUGCCGUGCGCGGCGACCGCGAGCAGCUCGUAAGAACGCAGGAGGUAACGGUGGACUACGACGGAAAAAGCUCAGUAUUAAAAACACCCAGCGGAGGCAAUAAAGAUGUUGUGGAAGAUGACUGGGCAGACAGAGAGGACACCAGUGAAGAGCCAACAUCUUCUGCGUCGUUCCACCAUGUUGAUCCACCUUUGCUCUUCGGCGAAAAAGAAGCGAAGGAACUUCUACGCGAGGAUGAAAUGGGGAGGACUCCCGCUCCUGCUGGAGAUGUUGACUUGUCCGGCACAACCUCUGGCUCUUGGUCCUCCUUCUUGGAGACACUAAUUCUAAACACCACUCGACAGGAGCAGUUGAGAAGGGUGCUUCUGGAUGACGGAGUCCUUCCACACGACCACGAGUACUAUAUUACCAAAAAUCCUGGGCGAGAAAGACAAGCACAAGAACCACAUAACAAGCAUGACGAGAUGGAGGACGACGAGAGAACUACACGACAAAAAAUAGAUUUUAUUCUUGAAGAUGAUUCAUAUGCCGACGAGCAAGAUAAAUUGGCACAAAAUGUGGUCGAGAACACCUUCUUGCAGGACGAGUUCAGUA